UCUCCAGUGCUGAUUCACUCUCAAAUGCUGGCAGCUCGGUGAAGAGAUUUUGUUGCCUGUGCACCUGUUCUUAUCUGAUACAAGAAAAAGGUUGAAAACAAAGGAAAAAUGCAUUAUUUAAAAAUCACAGCAAGCUUCCUCCUGACUGUCCAUGCUUUUCACCUGGCAUCGUCACAAGAGUCAACCGACUCACCGAGGCAAACAAUGGACAGAGACUGGCUCCGUGGGUUUCUCAAAAAUGCAACUGAAAGUCAAAACACUACAGAACAAGAGGCACAAUAUUAUUCUGGCAGUGAUACUGGUGAGGAGUCAAGCAUCGAUUACAGUGGCACAGCAUCUGGCUCCAUGGCAGUGAACUACUUAGAAGAGGAGAACGUGUUAAGACAUGAAACAGAGGGAAAUAAUGGAUCUGAUGUUGUCAAUACCACGCUGCCUUCCACAGAUUCAAGUAAUACAACCAAGCUUCCAGAACUGUCAAACACCACAGUUACGAUCACAACAACAGGUACCACAAAGCAGAGCCCGGUCAACAUGACAGAAGCUGGGGAGGAAUCUUCCGGCUCAGCUACGACCUCUCAAACCUCCACCACUCCAAAGUCAACGGCUUCAUCAUCCGCUCAAACAUCCACAACAAAAUCAAAGGAAGAUUUAAACAGCAGCACAACAACUCCCAGCACAACAACUCCCAGCACAACAACUCCCAGCACAACAACUGUAACAACCACAGCAAAACCAAUGAUCGAAGAGACAUCCAACACACAUUCGACUACAACAACUCUUCCUCCUGAAACCACAGGACUAAUCCCUGAGACGACGACAUCUGCUGCAUUGAACACACCUGAGAAGGUCAACAGGACAGCCUUGGGGGACGACGAAGAGAGAGAAUUUGCAUCAGAUGCACGCAGCAGUAAAAGUAAUAGAGCGUGGGCAGCUGUGCUGGGAACAGGAGUGGCUGUGGCCUGUGUGGGACUGGUGGCCUACAUCAUUCUGAAAAAGAAGAGACAGAGGGAUUUCUCUCACAGGAAACUGGUUGAGGAGUUUCAUCCAGACCCAGUUCUCAGGUUAGACAACAGCGAACCUUUGGACUUGAACUUUGGUGGUGGAGCCUAUUACAAUCCAGCACUCCAGCGGGACAACAUCCAAAUGUCCAACUUUUCAGGACACAGGAGAUGAAGAAGACUCCCAAGACCAAAGUCAUGAACUCCACUGAUUGCCUUCUUCUGGCUUUUUCUGUAAAUACGUAAAUGAGAUGGUGUAGCUCUUAUAUGAGAUUAUGAAUUAUAUUAAUAAUGAGUAGAUUUAUCAAAGUGAAAUAGAGGGAUUACUGAAGCCAAUCUAUCUGAAGUCUACUUCUGUAGCCAUUACUGUCAGCCAUUUACAUAUGUAUGCUGCCAAAGGGAAUAAAAUGAAGAGUAUGAUUUAUCUAUGGAGGGUGUAAAAAUGCAUAUUUAUUAUAACUUUGCUUAACUAUAACUGUGCCUUCGUUUUAAUUACAAAUUAUAUGAUCAGAAGAGAAGAAAGUAGAAUUUUACUCCUGCGGAUGCAAAACAUUUGCAGGGAAAAAAAAAAGAUUAUUCAAAUGUAUUUGUAUAGAGCCAAAUCAUAACAUGUAUUAUCUCAAGGCACUGCACAUAGAGUUAUUGUGGCCUUAACGACAAAAUUACAAAGCCUUAUGAACAAUAACAUUUUCCAUAGCAUCUCACACCUGUUGUUAUGGCACAAGGAAGGAAAUAAGAAGUAACAUUUGAACGUCACGGCCGACAGACACAGCCAGAGACUGAAAAUUUGACCGAACCAAAGGUUUGAGUUUGUCUCGCUUCAAAGUGAGCGCUGGGGGAAGGCUGCUGGCUGCUGGUUUGUUAUUCAUAUACUUAGGUUUUAGUAUUCAUGAAGGCAGUUGUGUAUUUGGUCUCAGCACUACUCAGUAGCGGCAUCUCUAUUAUCCUUCUUAAAUCUUCUGACCUCCAGGUGUCCAAACAGAGUUGAGUUUAUCGUAUAGCGACAGCGCGCAGCGCAGAGAUUUACACCUCGUAGCGUUUACCCGCUGCAAACUAUAAUCUAUUGAAAUGUGAAAUGUGACUUAAAAAAUACAAACAAACUUAUUACUAAUUACACAAUUUCUCCUGUGUUUUUAUUUGACUUCAGCAAGAGUCUCUAACUUGACUGAUACAAUGUGGCUGGGUGGGCAAGGGGGCAGGAAUAAACUGCACUUUUUCAUUUCCUCAUGCUCUCAUUAUGUUAUAUUUCUGCAUUAUACUACAUUAUCGAAUAAAUGUUCAUCUCUCAUCAUUGACGUUUGCACUUGAUCAAUAUUCUUUACAAUAUUCUUUAAUUAGACAAACUUAACUCUGUUGGUGUGUUUUUAUUCUGACUAAACGUUCAGUGGGACUGCUUCAUCGCUCUAAUUUCAAACAUCAGUCAGUGUGAGGAGCAUUUUGUCUGAAGGAGAAUAGUUUUGAGUCACAGUGUUAAAGAAUUGUAAUGGAAUCUGAUGAUGCCUUAAUAAACAAAAAGCAAAUA